AUGAGUGACGACUGUGUGGACUAUUUAGAUGAAUUCAAUUUGUUUAAGAUUAAGCCUGAGACUAAACCGUUUCAAGAUGCUCACAUACCCCCUGAAUUAAUAGCAGUUGAGGUUAAUAAUAAGAAUUUAAAUAUGGAGAUUGACUCAGGUGCGGCGAGAUCGGUGUUGACUGAAAGKGUUUUCAAAGAAAAGUGGCCAGAUAUAAAAUUAAACAAGGUUGAUACUAAACUAAAUUUCUUUGAUGGUACUUCUCUAAAACCUAUUGGUGAAUUUAAUGCAAGGAUAAAAUAUAAAGACAAAAGUGUCAGUAUUAAGUUAUUAGUAGUUAAAAGUUCACUUAAUUAUUAUCCCUUAUUUGGUAGAGACCUUAUGAAACUAUUUAAUAUUUCUUUAGUACAAAAUUGUAAAAACAUUAACAGUGUAGAAAGUAUUAAAAAUGAAAAAGUUAAUCAACUAGUAAACGAAUUUAAUGAUAUUUUUGACAAUAGACUAGGAGAGUACAAACAUUUUGAAAUUCAUUUAGAACUAAACAGUGAUGUAAAUCCUAUUUUUUGUAAGCAUCGUGCUAUACCUUUUGCCUAUAAAAUUGCUGUUGAAAAGGAAUUAGACAAGUUAGAAAAGGCUGGUKUAAUCAGAAAAAGUGAAAAUUGCCAAUGGGGAACACCCCUUGUCCCUGUGUUGAAACCCAAUGGAGAGUUGAGGCUGUGCACAGAUUAUAAGACCACUAUCAAUAAAUACAUUAAAGAUAUACAUUAUCCCUUUCCCAGAAUUGAGGAGUUAUUUGCAAGCGUAGAUUCACAAACAAGCAAGUUAUUAGCAUGGAGCACACACAAAGGAGUAUAUGAAGUUUUAAGAUUACCCUAUGGUGUCAAACCAGCAACAGCCAUCUUUCAAAGAGAGGUAGAAAAAGUGUUAAAAGAUUGUCCCUUUACAGCUAAUCUAUUGGAUGACUUAAUUGUAACAGGUAGGAAUGAUAAUGAACACUUAGAAAAUUUAAGGGAAGUUUUUAAGCGUUGUAAAGAAGCGGGAUUUCAACUUAAUAAGGACAAGUGUCAGUUUUUUAAAACCCAAGUCGAGUACUUAGGACAUGUAAUUGAUAAAGAUGGGUUAAAAACAAGUAAAAAAAAAGUAUUAUGCAUUUCAAAUAUUCCAAUUCCUAAAAACGUUACCGAACUAAAGUCUUUUUUGGGAAUGAUUAAUUACUAUGGUAAGUUCAUUAAAAAUUUAUCAACUAUAUUAGCUYCACUUCAUAAUCUACUUAAAAAAKAGAUACCAUUUAUUUGGAAUGAUCAAUGUUCGAAAGCUUUUGUUAAGGUAAAAGAGUUAUUAAAGUCUGAUCAAAUUCUUACACACUUCAAUCCUACUUUACCCAUAAUCUUAUCAUGCGGCGCAUCUCAAUUUGGUGUAGGAGCUGUCAUUUCUCAUAAAUUUCCAGACUCAUCUGAGCGACCCAUUAGCUACGCAUCACGCACUUUGACUAGUGCUGAGAAAAACUAUUCUGUUAUUCAUAAGGAAGCGUUAGCAAUUAUUUGGGGAAUAACUAAAUUCUAUCAAUACUUAAAAGGUAGAGAAUUUAUUAUUAGAUCUGAUCACAAACCUCUGAUACCAUUACUUGGAGUAAAUAAUCCAAUACCUAAAAUGGCAUCAGGACGAUUACAAAGAUGGGCUUUUUUCCUUUCUGGAUUUAACUAUCAUAUGGAGUACAUUAAAGGCUCAACAAAUACUAUAGCAGACAGUCUAUCUCGCUUACCAUGUCUAGAGAGUGAUGARCAACUAACUAAGAUUAAAGCUGAAACAGCUAAAGAUAAAAUCUUACAAAAAGUAAUGUGUUAUUUAAAUAGUAGUUGGCCUAAAGAUAUACCUAAUGAAUUAAAACCAUUUUACAAUAGAAAAGAUAAAUUAGUGAUAGAAGACAAUAUAUUAGUGUGGGGUUACAGGAUAAUUAUACYUGAUAGUCUAAAGGAGUUACUUUUAAAAGAAUUACAUAGUUCUCACCUUGGUAUCGUUAAAAUGAAAUCUAUGGCUCGUUCAUACUUUUGCAAGUGGCCAGAAGUAUUCGAAGUAGCCAACGCUGAUACAUUAGAGAAACUUAAAGAAACAUGUGCUAGGUUUGGUCUCCCUGAUACUAUAGUUUCUGAUAACGGUACCCCCUUCACAUCUAAUGAGUUCAGCCAGUUUUGUGAAACUAAUGGUAUUAAACACUUGACCUCCCCUCCGUUUCACCCUGCUAGUAAUGGUGCAGCAGAGAAUGCCGUCAAAAACUUCAAGAAUAGUGAGCACAGUACAACUGGUUAUACUCCAUCUAAAUUAAUGUUUAAGAGAGAUGUUAGAACUAGAUUUGAUAGGAUAAGGAAUAGUGACAAAAAUAGUGACAAAGCAACUAAUAGAGAGAUCAGAAAUUAUAAAGGCAACGUAACUAAUAAAACGUUUAAGGUUAGAGAAGAUGUGUAUAUUAGAGAUUACAGCAAACCCAAUAAGAAGAGUUGGAAAGCAUGUGUGAUUGAUGAACAGCUAGGAAAGUAUUUAUAUAUCUGUAAGGAUAAAUUUAACAACAGCUAUUUCAAAAGACAUGUUGAUCAAAUCAUAAAAGUAGGCUCAUUCUUUAAAGAGGUAGGUCUAAGCAAAAAGAUUAACGAUUACGACAACAAUAACAGCUAUAGUGAAAAAGAGAGUAGCAUUUAA